AUGGCUGCAUUGCCCCUGGCUCAAAUUCUCCGCGAAGAAAAGGUACCUGAGCCUAUUGCCUCUCAGCUGUCGUCGCAGCUGACGGUACACUCAUUCCCUUGCAUCUGUGAGGGGGUCGAGUCUUUGGAGGAGUGCCUCCAUUCAGUUUUGGAUGCGCCUGCCAAGGGACUUCUGAACACCGUAUCCCUGGCUUGCAUUAAAGCGGCGUAUCAUCGCUGCAUUUCGGCGGUAAUGGCGGUUGCGACUCCGUCUGCUGUUGCUGCUCCUGCUGCUAGCAACACACUGGCUGCAACUCCAUCCACUUGGACGGAAACUUUCCCUGCGAAGCUAUCUGUGGACCGUGUCAAGUCCAUGCUCAGCGAGGAAAAGCAAGACGAAGUGAGUGCAUCGCGCCCCAAGAAAAUUGCACGCAUCGACGACUUUCUGUUCGAUGACAUUCCAUCGAGGGAGAUUGCAGAUGGCGGUGUGUCUCAGAUGAAGCUCCUUUUCAGUUCGAUGGCCGUCUAUGGCACGCCACAGAACCUUUCCAUGGCAAUCGUAGUCGCUCCACCCGUGGUCCGAAGCAUUUUUGUCUUGUAUGCUGCCGAGCUCCUUGUCAGGAAUUACAUUGGAUGCUGCAACUAUGCAAAGUCGCUUAUGCCUCAGGCUCGGCUGUACAUCUGGAUAUUUCCGAAUGGCAGCAAUGCUGGGAUAGUCAGCUUUUUCUUCAUUGUGUCGCUACAGGCCUACACAACAUUGUUCAGGAGUCGUUUGGCGAAUCCAUCGGAGGAGCACCUCUUUUCCGAUGCGGAGCUGACCGAUCUCAGACAAAUGUUUGGCAUUGGCCAGUCUUUCAUCUGCUCUUCGUGUGCAGAAGCGGACCCAGUUCUUUUAGAACAGUUGGUCCAGAUCGAAGUUGACAAUGGCUGGUUGCGUUGCAUUGCAUCUCUGGAAGAUGCUCGCUCCAUCUGGCCAAAUGUGGCAGUCUGCAUUACCUACAUUGCAGACUAUACAGGCGGCCUGGCCACUCAGACAGAAGCACGUGCAUUCUUUGUGCGUGCACUCCAUUUGCUGAUUUACAUUGCACAUUUCCUUGCAAUGUACGUAGAUGAUUUGCUGGGCUUUCAGUCAGCCUCCGUCGCUGAGAUGAGUUUUUGCAUCGCUCUCUGCUUCUGUGGGGCCUUUUCCAUUCCUCUUUCCUGGAAAAAGUUACAGUUUGGCUACUGCAUUCGUUGGAUUGGCUGGGAGCUGGAUUUCGGCAUGGGGUGUGUUUGCAUUCCCUCCGACAAAUUGGAACGACUUCAUUCGGUCAUUUCGUCUAAAUUGCAGGGCAAAUACACUGACAGGGCUACAUUGAGCAAGCUUUGUGGCAUGCUACAAUGGUUGUUCAAGCUUUUUCCAUUGGCUAAGCCAUGGCUCCGAUCGCUUUAUCAGGAUUUGCAUACGCCCAGGGCCACCAACUUUAGUGUGCGACAAAAUGAGUGGCAGUUGUUCGUUUCGUGUCUCAACGAUGCAUUGUACCUGACGAAACUUCCUGCAGGUGCUGCCAUUACGGUUGGCAGUCGUGUUCUGGCGGUUCGCCACCGAAAGGUUAGUACUAAGCAGCAGUUGCUGGGUUGCAAUAUUGGUGACAAAGAUAUCUGGCUUCGCAUUGCAGACCCGGCAUCCAAACGUCGUGCAUUAAGCGCGGCCAGCCGCCACUUGUUGCGCUGUUGGUUACAUUGGUCGUCCUUGCCUCCCAUCUGGAGGGCCUUGCGCCCACUUCAGCAUUUGAAGGUGGAGGCUGCAGCUGAUGCCAUGGGCAAUGGUCGUACCUUUGCCAUCGGAGGUGACAUUGCAUUGCCAGGUGGCGAAUUCUGGUUUUCUGAGUGCUUCACUGUGGAAGACUUUGCUUUCGCUGAGUUGCCUUUAAAGUCUGAGGCUCACAAGGACAUCAGCUGCUAUGAGUGCCUGGGUCAAAUUGCAUUAGUUUGGCUACUGAGUCUUUUGCAUCCAGGCUGCCAACUGUGA